AUGUUGUCGUCUUCUUUCAAUUCUCCCAAAAAAUUCGAUGUCUUCCUCAGUUUCAGAGGCAAAGACACUCGCCGAACUCUAAUCAGCUUUCUCUACAAAGAGCUAAUUCGAAUGGGACUUCGAACUUUCAAAGACGACAUGGAACUUGAGAUUGGCCGUCGUUUUUCUCAAGAUAUCUCCCUCGCCAUCCAAGAUUCCAAAGUCGCCAUCGUGGUGGUCUCAGUGGACUAUCCAGCUUCCGGAUGGUGUCUCGAUGAGCUCGUGAAGAUUAUGGAUGUUGAAAGAAAAGGUUCGCUCAUCGUUAUUCCCAUCUUUUACGACGUGGAGCCUUCGCAUUUGAGGAGACAGAUCCGAAAAGUCGCCAAACAGUUCAAGAAGCAUGAGGAGAGGGAAGAUCAUGAAACGGUGGAAUCAUGGAGACAAGCACUGGUCAAUUUGGCAGCUAUCUCCGGUCAAUGUUCACGAGCCUGGAAAGAUGACUCGAAGCUAGUCGAAGAAAUUACCAAGACAACAUCAAACAUGUUAUUAUUCUCUGCAAGACCACCAAGUAAUGGUAUCCAUAACCUAGUUGGGAUUCAUGAACACAUGAAACAGCUGCAUCCAUUGUUGUACUUGAAUUCAAAUGAAGGUGUGCGCGUUAUCGGGAUCUGGGCCAGAGAAUGCACUGUCAGAUCAGCUCUCGCUAGAUAUUUAUAUCAGAAUGUCUCUCAGCGAUUCCAAAGCCACUGUUUUCUCGAAAACGUUCAAGUGAUUCAUCAAGAUUCGAUGAUGAAGACCUCUGGUUUUAUCAGAGCAAGGCUCAUGAGUCAGAAAGUUCUACUUGUGGCUAACAACAUCUAUAAACUCGAACAGUUAGAUGCUCUUGCAAAAGAUUUUAACUGUUUUGGUCCAGGUAGUAUAGUGAUCAUAGCUACGCAAGACAAACAAUUGCUUGUUGCGUUUGGGAUAAAGGUUGUGUAUGAAGUUGAGUGCUUGAGAUGCUUUGAAGGUCGUCGACUCUUUCGUCAAUUCGGAUUUAGGAAAGGAGACCUUUAUGUUGGUUCCGAGUUGUCUUCAUCGAUAUCGGGGACUGAAUCUUCUUGA